AUGCCUCCGAAGGUGGAGCUGCGGAAUCUCAAUCCGCAGAGCAUGGCCAAGUUUUUUUCCGAGUCUACGUACUCGGACAAGCGUGCCUCCCGCGAGUCCUUGGCCAGUACGACGGCCACUUCGGGAGCUGGUGAUGGUGCUAUGGUAGGCGGAUCUAAAGGAUCGGGGCCCGCCACCGCCAAAGGCAAAGCUACCAAAGGCGAGCUCGCGAAGGGCAAGGCUGGAUCAGGGGGGCAGGCAAACCCUGGCAAGGGCAGCCUCGCGAAGGGCAAGGCUGCUGGAGCAGAUGAUCACACAAACCCUGGCAAAGGCAAGAUCGCGAAGGGCAAGGCUGGAGCAGGGGAUCAGGCAAACCCUGGCAAGGGCAAGAUCGCCAAGGGCAAGGCUGGACCAGAUGAUGAGGCAAACCCUGGCAAAGGCAAGACCGUGAAGGGCAAGACUGAUCAGGCACACCCUGGCAAGGGCAAGAUCGCGAAGGGCAAGGCUGGACCAGAUGAUGAGGCAAACCCUGGCAAGGGCAAGAUCGCGAAGGGCAAGGCUGGAGCAGGGGGUCAGGCUAACCCUGGCAAGGGCAAGACCGUGAAGGGCAAGGGUGGAGCAGAUCAGGCAAACCCUGGCGGCAAAGGCAAGACCGUGAAGGGCAAGGGUGGAGCAGAUGAUCAGGCAAACCCUGGCGGCAAAGGCAAGACCGUGAAGGGCAAGGCUGGAGCAGAUGAGCAGGCAAACCCUGGCAAAGGCAAGACCGUGAAGGGCAAGGCUGGAGCAGAUGAGCAGGCAAACCCUGCUGGCAAAGGCAAGACCGUAAAGGGCAAGGCUGCAGGAGCAGAUGAUCAGGCAAUCCCUGCUGGCAAAGGCAAGAUCGCGAAGGGCAAGGUCCACGACGGCUUGCUUCGAGAUGCUCUGCUUCCUGGUCCACGACGGCUUGCUUCGAGAUGCUCUGCUUCCUGGUCCACGACGGCUUGCUUCGAGAUGCUCUGCUUCCUGGUCCACGACGGCUUGCUUCGAGAUGCUCUGCUUCCUGGCCGGGCACACACACACGACACAGCUACAUAG